AUGGGUUCAGAGGUGAAGGUUGAAGUUGUUCGCAAAGAAACAAUUAGACCAUCCUCUCCAACUCCUCACCACCUUCGAUUUUUCAGCCUCUCAAUUUUUGAUCAGCUUUCUCCUCCACUUUAUAUCCCACUACUUCUGUUUUAUCCCAACAAUGGUGAUUGCCAACAUUCUUUGGUUGUUGAAAGGACCAAGCUUCUGAAAAGUUCACUAUCCGAAACUCUAACUCGCUUCUACCACUUUGCAGGAAGAGUUUUGGAUAAUGCUUCAGUCUGUUGCAAUGACCACGGAGUUAUGUUUCUUGAAGCUCAUGUCACAUGUACCAUAUCAAAGGUUUUGGACAAACCUGAUCCUGAGUUGCUGAAAAAGAUGAUUCCUUCAGGAGUUAAAAAACGAGACACAGGCUAUGAGCUUCUGCUUGUCCAGAUCAACUUCUUCGGAUGUGGUGGACUCGCAAUAGGAUUCAAUGCCUCACAUAAGAUCAUUGAUGCCUGCACACUCAGCAAAUUCGUUAACAGUUGGGCGGCUAAUACCCUUGGAUUGAAUACCGGUGAUGAUGGAGUGGUGUACGUUCAUCAACUUCACUAUGUUGCUGCAGCUUCUGUUUUCCCACCACUGGAUUUCUUCAGCACACCUCCACCCAUUUUGGAGUUUCCUCUUGCAAAGGGUACAACAAGGAGAUUUUUGUUUGAAUCCUCAAAAAUUGCACGUCUCAAGUCUCAAGCUGUCAGUGCAGCAGUGCAAAAUCCCACCCGAGUCGAAGUCGUGUCAGCAUUGAUAUGGAAAUGUGCAAUGCAAGCAUCAAAAGCAAGCUCCGAUGGUAGAAGACUUCCAUCAGCAUGGUAUCAAAAAGUGAACAUGUGGAAAGUAUUGGCGCACCCUUCUGCAGAAAACUUAAUAGGCAAUCUUUUAGGGUGUUUUGUAGCAAAAUCAACCGGAGCUGAAAGUGAUGAUAUUCAAGGCCUGGUUGCAAAUAUGAUGAAGAAGUUAGAGGAUCUUAACUUUUCAGGAAAGGUAUAG